UCACAUGAUCUUCAAAAUGGAGAACGAUGAAGAUGAUUUGGCCGAUAUCAUUAUCACAAGAAAACGGCCAAAAAAGAAGCUCUCGUGGACCCAUUAUCAUAUUUCUGUGUUCCUCUUGACUUUUAUGAGCUAUGCUUUCUUCCACGCAACAAGAAAGACAUUCAGCAAUGUCAAGCCAACCAUUUCUCAAGAAUGGACUCCUGCAGCUGCCAACAACACACAAGAAGGGCCUCUUAGACCUUCAAAUGUAUGGACCAAGCACCAUCUGUUUCAGAAUGGUGAUGAUGCAGAGCCGUAUCUUGGUGCCCUUGAUGCUAUCUUUCUCAUCUCAUAUGCUGUGGGCCUAUACAUCUUUGGAGCCCUUGGUGAUAGAUUUGACUUAAGAAUAGUGCUGAGUUGUGGCAUGUGUCUAUCUGCUGUUAUGGUGUUCAUCUUUGGUUAUGUAACAGAGUUGACACAUUUCUACAAUAUCUAUUUCUAUGGUGCUAUGUGGUGUCUCAAUGGUCUGAUUCAAGCGUCUGGCUGGCCAACGGUUGUUGCAGUUAUGGGAAAUUGGUUUGGAAAAUCAAGUCGAGGGUUUGUCCUUGGAACGUGGAGUGCCUGCGCUUCUGUCGGAAACAUCAUUGGUGCAUUUGUCGUGGGAGAAGUCCUGGAUUACGGUUACGAGUACGCAUUCAUGGCUACAUCGACCAUGUUGUUUGCUGGAGGACUUCUUAUUUUCUUCGGGCUUGUGCCCUCCCCAAGGGAAGUUGGUCUACCAGAGCCCGAUGAGGAGGAUUCACGGAAGCCCUACGAUAAGGGAGAAGACAGAGCUCCGUUGUUAGAAGAGAGUUCGCCAUCCACGUCGGAUGAUGCAGUUCCUCCACAGCGUCCUCAAGCCAUCGGAUUCUUCCGAGCAUUUUUGCUACCCGGUGUCAUUCUGUACUCCCUGUCGUAUGCUUGUCUCAAACUAGUGAAUUAUGCAUUCUUCUUCUGGUUGCCAUUCUAUCUACAUAAUAACUUCGGCUGGUCAAAUACGGUAGCAGACGACAUCUCAAUCUGGUACGAUGUCGGAGGAAUUAUCGGUGGUGCAGUGGGAGGUUUUGUUUCGGAUCGAAUGGGAAAUCGAUCACCUACGUGCAUCAUCUUCUUGGUCUGUGCAUUCCCUUCGCUGUAUGGCUACAGUAUCAGCCCAGCUGAUAAGACAAUCAAUUCCGUGCUCAUGGCAGUGACAGGGUUUUUCAUUGGUGGGCCGGCUAAUCUUAUCAGUUCUGCCAUUUCUGCGGAUAUAGGACGCCAAGGACCCCUACGCGGGAACAAAGAAGCGCUGUCGACUGUGACGGGGAUUGUUGACGGUACGGGCAGCGUUGGAGCAGCCAUCGGACAAUUCCUUGUACCAGUUAUACAGCUCCACCUCGACUGGCAUUGGGUGUUCUAUUUCUUCCUUCUCAUGACGUUCAUGACCUGUGUCUGCAUAGGACCAAUGUUUUACCGGGACGUCAAGGCCAUGAAGUGUUGUGGCUGCCAGAGAAGGGCAACUGGCACCGUCUACAGUUCUGUACAACACGGACUUGACUCACCCGAUUAAAUUAUUUUCAAUGAGGACCUCAGGCGUCACACAGAGAUGGAGAAGCAAAAUGGGGAACAGCUAUCUGGAAAAGGAAGAAACAGCGGCAUCUCUAUAUUGUAUCGAAUAAAAAACAUCGAUAUCGUCAUACCCACCUAAAUAAAGGAUGCAGAGGCUGGCUUGUACAACCAGUAAUCAAGAACUGAACUACAUCCAGAGUCAUUCUACCCAAAAACAAUUAAGCCCCUAAGAGUUAUAGUGGGCUGCGUGCAUUAGAAAUUUCUCAAAUUUUUCUUAUAUGAGAUAUUCAAAAUAUCAAAAUCAAAAAGAUAUCAUCUUUUUUGUGUCACCUAGUAUAGUACGUGUGCCAUUACGAGUACUGAUGUUUGCAUUGAAUUUGCUGUAUUAUUACUUUGUAUCAACGAAACUCGUCUCUUUAUUUAUUUUUGGAAAAAAUACUUAAAUUCAUCUUGCCAUGAUAUAAAUAAACAAUUUUUUAAAUGCAAAUUCAACAUUUUGUAUAAAUUCAGUUUGUGCACGAUAUGUGUUUUUUUCUGAGGUUUGUUUUGACCUGCAUUUGGGUGAGGAACUUUGAAAAAUUUUUAUAGCUAUACAGUGGAACCUCUCGUAGUGGACACCUCUCUAUCAAGAACACCCUGUCUAUUAAAGAUGCUGCUUAUGAUCCCAAUCCUGCCCUUUCCAUUCAAAUUGACCUCUGUAUCAGGACACCUCUCCAUUAAGGACAGCAUAGGUCAGUCCUAAGGGAGUCUUCAAUAGAGAGGUUCUGAUGUGUCUGUUUUGUCUUAUGCAUGUACCGGUGGUUGUAAUAUAAAGCUGAUUUAAAAGAUCUCGGGAAUGUUUGUGAUGUGCAGUUGGGUCUUCUACUGAAUAUACCCAUUACCCCUUGUGCACAGUUGAAAGUUAGGCCAUUUCUCAGGCACCAUAUACGGUGAAACCCCCCUUAUCAGGCACUUCUCUAUCAAGAACACCCUCUCAAUUUUAAGACAUUAGUUUCAGUCCCAAAUUGGUUUGUUUCCUUUCAAUUUGACCUCUCUAAUCAGGACUCCUCUCUGUCAAGGACUGCACUUGUCAGUCCCGAGGGUGUCCUUAAUAGAGAGGUUCUACUGUGGUAAACUUCAAGUGAAAGCUUCCAGAGAUGCUCUCUGAAAUCAAGAAGGAAAGUAUAUAUAUUAUAGAUUUUCUUCGAUGAACCGUGCUAUAAAUGUUUGCAUUAUCAUAUUGAAUAUAGAUAUUAAAUAUAAAUAUCUGCAUUUAUAAUGUAAUAGGUGGCCAUAAUUAUGUAUCACAUGUUUUAUCAAGAAUUAACAGAGACUAAGAAAUUAGAAGCUAUAUCACAGCAUCUUAUCUAGCACUGGGUACAAGACUCUGACUAUACAUGCUUCCUGAAAUGGGUGACUUGCAUUGGAACUAACUUUUUCCCCCUUGUCUGUCAUCAAAUGCAUUCAAGUGUGUUGGUCAACCAUGACUAUCUCCUUUGUCCCUCCACCAAAAGGCCUAGUUUCCCCUUAUGACAUCACUAUUUCUGACACUCAGCGCCCCAUUUCUGGGAAGGUGUAUAGGGGGGGUUUUAGAAACUAAAUUGGCUCCUAUCCAAUGGUAAUCGCUUCUAUAGACUGAUUCCUGUUUGAUUUUUGUCACAAAAUACCUGACUCAAAUGGUUUAACUUAUUCAGCAGUGCUUCUAGACCAAUAAUGAAAUGGUAUUUUAAUGAGGUCCUAAAACCCCUCUAAGACAUGCAGGUACCCUUUAUCGAUUGCUAACACAGCUUAAGAUUUCAAAAUGCCCUGAAUACAUCUCUUUGUCUUUGGGACUUCAGAGCUCAAUUAGGUGUCAUUUUUUUUCAUCUUGUCUAUUAUUCAAUGAAAGUAAUCAUAAGUUAAGUAAGUGCCCGUUUUCAAAUAGCAAGGCUUUCGGCCUCAAGUUCCAAAUUCAUUGUCUUUAUCAAUUCUUAGUAGAUGUAUAUUUAUCUUACUGUAAAUAAAUGUAUUAUUAUUGGAAA